AUUGAGGAGAGGAGCGAUGCGUAAAACGCGACCAACCAUUUCGGGAGAGGCAGAAAGUAAAAUACCAUCGCGUUUUGGUUUUUCCUCUGCCAAUAAAUUGAUCACAGUCCAAUCACUCUUUUACCUUGAACAUCGUUGAUUUUACUUCACUUCCUUCUUCUCUUCGCUUCGCGUUUUGUGGUUACGGUCAAAUUGGUAAUACGAUGCGUCUAGCUUGACGUACGAUCAAAAUUGACGCCAUGCAAGGGCAGAUCGUUCAAAAUAAUGAAAUACACCGGUCAUGAACGUCGUCGAACGCAAUGACAAACGUGUUUUGAUGGUCGUACGCGAAUUCGAAGCCAGUGACACGAAGGAGAGUCAUCCGACGAACGGCGAGACUAGCAGCGAGUCCGAUUCCAGCACGGAAGUACGGUCAUGUCAAACCGUGUACAGAAAUCGAUGCAAGAAGCUCGUAGUCUCCGACACCUCGUCUAAUAGUCUUCCAUUUACCGACUUUACAAAAAGCCAUCGUGAAAUCGUUGGCGCUUCUAAAAAUCUUGCGAAUAAAAAAGAUGACAAAGAUUUGUCCUUCGGAGAUACAGACGCAGAUUCGCGAAAGGAUACAGCAGACGGAAUUGCGAGUAAAACGAAACGGAAAAGAAAGCGAAGAUGUCUGACGAUAUGCACGAGCAACUGCAAGUACGACGUGGUGAGACGAGUAGCGGCUCGCUUCGGGAUGAAGGAGGUCACCGAGGACAGCAGUUGGAACCUGUAUUGGACGGACUUGAGCGUGAGUGUAGAGCGAGCGAAAGACAUGAAGAGAUAUCAGAAGGUGAAUCAUUUCCCUGGAAUGACGGAAAUCUGUAGGAAGGACCUACUUGCCAGAAACUUGAAUCGUAUGCUGAAGCUGUUUCCCAAAGACUACAACUUCUUCCCAAAAACUUGGUGUUUUCCCGCAGAUCACGGAGAAGCGAUGGCCUACGCCAAGCUGAGACGAUCGAAAACCUUUAUCAUCAAGCCAGACACGGGAUGCCAAGGUCGUGGGAUUUAUUUGACGAGAAAUCUGAAAGACGUGAAACCAUCCGAACGUAUGAUUUGCCAGGUUUACGUGGCUAGGCCUUUUCUGGUGGACGGCUACAAAUUCGAUCUUCGUAUCUAUACGCUGAUUACCUCCUGCGAUCCCCUUAGAGUUUACGUGUACAACGACGGUCUCGCCAGAUUUGCCACGAGCAGAUACAAAGAACCGACUGGUCACAAUACAUCCAACGUGUUCAUGCACUUGACGAACUAUGCUGUGAACAAGCACAGUCGAAUGUACGUAAUCGACGAUGAAAUGGGUAGCAAAAGAAAAAUAUCGACUUUGAACAAGUGGUUGAAAUUGAAAGAAAUAAACGUGGAUGAUUUGUGGCGCAAGAUCGACGAGAUUAUAAUUAAAACGAUUCUAGCCGCGUAUCCUAUUCUGAAGCACAGUUAUCACACGUGCUUCCCGACACACGAUAAAACGUAUGCGUGUUUCGAACUGUUGGGCUUCGACGUGUUACUCGAUUGGAAACUGAAGCCGUAUCUUUUGGAGGUUAAUCAUUCGCCGAGUUUUCACACGGACGCGCAAAUCGACAAAGACAUAAAGGAGGGUCUGCUGACGGACACCUUCGAGAUGUUGAACUUGCAACAAUGCGAUAAGAAGAAAAUCAUCGAGGAAGAUAGGAAACGAGUUAGAGACAGACUGCUACAAGGAAUAACCUCCAAGGAUAGCAGCCUGAACGAUUCGACGAUCGGCCCGACGAAACCAGAUAAACUAGAAGAGGAUCAUCUGCAGAAGCAAUUGAAGUGGGAAGACGAUCAUAUGGGUAAUUUCCGUAGGAUCUAUCCGUGUUCCGACAGUGACAAGUAUCAGCCAUUCUUUAAGCAGACAGGCAUCUCCGCGUAUCAAGAUACUAUUGCGUCCAGGGCCCGAGAAGAGGCGGCACGAACUCAAAAGGAAGAAAAUGAUAACAAAGUAAAGGAACAAGAGAGUAAAAAGAUUUGCGGAAAAUGGAGCGAUUCGAAAUUGCCCGCAAUCACUUCGGAAGCCCAAAAGAAAUCGGCCGUUCCGAAUAAUCAAGAGAGGAGCAAAUCUGCGAUUGUGGCAAAAAGAAAUCUAUCGAACGUGAAGAAGCAAACUAAUUCAGCCACGAACACCUCUCAUUCGUUCGAGCCGGAGAUCAUUUGCGAGUCGGAGGAAAGGGAGCGAGUCACUUCGUUGGCUCAACGUGAUUUCCUGAUCAAGAGCUACGGCAUGCUGGAGCAAAUUUACAUGGCAAUGAAAAAGAAUGGAACACUGCGCGCAGUGGACGAAAAGAAGUACGGAUUGUACGGGAGACUCGGUUACAUGGACGACGAGAACAAGGGCGUGAACUUCUGCAGGCACAGGUGUCAUUUUCACCAGCACCCCGAACUAGAUUCGAAAUACGAACCGUGGCCGAAUCAUACGUCGCAGUUUUGCCUGAAUGCAAAUUUCCAAGUGACAUGCAACGAGGCACCUGUUUACGUCAGGCCAAAAAUACCGCAGAAAUUUUGGGUACAGGAUCUGAAUUCGAACGAUAGAAGCGCUCGAAUUACGAAGGCACACGUGGCUCGUACUUUGUCGAACAUUGUACGACUUCACACGCUUGAGAAACGAGAAGAACUUAACUCGUUCAAAUCGUAGGAUUAAAAUGAACGAAUUAAAAAAAAAAGAAAAACCAAUUGUAACGAGAAUUUAAAUCAACGAUGAAAGUAAUUUGCAAAUUGUUGUAACGUAUAUAAGUCACUGUUCAUCGAAACAAUAGUUUUUAGAUAUCAAUUAAUCAUCAUUCGUUUUUAUAAAUAUUAAGUUGAAGCUUUUUUUGAUACGUUAAAUUGUGAUUAAUAAACUAUUACCUAUUAAACGAUCUAAGAUUUUAAGAUAAGAAGUUCGCCGAGUGACGUGAUUGCACGCAACUGUACAGCAUAGGCGUACUUAUUGUUAUAUCAUACAAGGAGCUCACUAAAAUCCUAAUAAAUGGAUACAAGAACGAUAUAAAAAUCAACAUGGUAUGGAUUUGUUAUUUCAAGUGCCAUAUAAAUAUGUACAAUGAGUGAACACGUACACGUUGCAGAAAAACGAGGAUAUCUUCGCACGCAAUUUGUAUCGUGUAUCGAAAUAAUGACAUACGUACGUUGAUUUCUAAUAUAUGUAUAACAAUUUUUUAUCCUUGAUCAUACACACCUAUAAGUAUAAUGUGUAUGUACGUAUGUAUGUAUGUCAGUAUUUACAUGACAAAAAAUAAUCUAUAAACAAUUCGUCGUGUAUACUUCUCACAUAAUACGUUCAAACUUUCUUCUUUUUUGUAUUAGUACGCGAAAUAAUUUCAAUCUUUUCUUCUCAAUUUUCUGAUUAACCGAAUCGGUGUUCCCUUCGAAGAGAAAAGGAAACGUAACACGUUGAAAAUCAGCUUAUUCGAUACAUAUAAGCAUUAAAAUUAAUCGUGUAUAUCGUAUAUAAUAUUAGAAUAUAAUAAUGAAUUCAGUUACCAAUAACAAAU